AUGUCAGACAUCUAUACUGAUGCUUAUCGGGAGCCAACGGAAUUGGACGUGGACAAGAAGCCCCAUGUAGGAAGACCGAAAGUGCGCUGCCGGUUCGUGCCGCUGAAGUACCGCAACUUGAAGGGCCACUGGCAGAGUCGCCUCCGGCCAAGGCAGUCGGUGGCUGAGAAGCCCAUCUGCAUAAAGCCCAAAUGGCAGACACUGAGGCACAAUGGGCCGUGCUUUCCCGCUGACCACGAGCGAUUGCCGGCGGACGUGAAGUUCUACUACGACAACUGCCCCGUUGAGCUGACCGAGCAGGCCGAGGAGGUGGCCACGUUCUAUGCGAAGCUGAUGAAGACCGCCUUCGUGCAGAUGCGGGAGUUCAAUCAGAACUUCUUCAACGAGUUCCGCAGCUGUCUGAGCGAGGAGCAGCGUCGCUACAUCACGUGCUUCGAGCUAUGCAAUUUCUGCGACAUCAGCCAGUAUCUGGAGUGCCAGCGAGAGGACGAGAAGGAGCGCAUCGCGGAGGAGAACAAGCUCUAUGGCUAUUGCCUGGUCGAUGGGGAGAGCCGUCGCAUUACUCAGUUUCGCAUCAGUCGGCCCGGCCUCUGCUGUCCGCGCCAUGGCUUCAGCACGACCAUGGGCACGAUCCGGCCCCGAGUGCUGCCCGAAGAUGUUGUGAUCAAUUGCGAUGAGAACGAGGAGCCGCCGGCGCCGCCCUGCGGCCAUCUGUGGGCAGCGGUGGUGCACGAUCGCACCGUUAGGUGGGUCUACGCCUGGAAUGACAUCGUCACGGGCUGCAUGCACCACGCCUAUCCGCGCAACGAGAGCUCCCGUCGCUCGCGUCCACCGCGUCGCGACCUGCUGGACACGGCGCGUCGCCUCCAGCAGCAUCUCCACCACAUACGCAACGAGUACCAGACCCUACAGUCCUCGGAGAACUGGCUGGUGCGGCAGCGCAGCGUUGCCCUUUACUGCAUCGACCAGCUGGCCAUGAGCUGCGACGCCGAGGAGGUGCCGGCCGAGACGACGGUGUGCGGCCUCUGCGUGCAGAACAUCAAGCUCUGCCCCCGCCUGGGCGGGCAGCGCAACGUGCUGCAGCUGCUGGCCGGCAACCGGGACUGCCGGCAGCGCGAGUACAAGAGGAGCAGCGUUCCGCCCGGGAUCUUUUACAAUCUGAGCGUCUUCAUUUGCGGCAAGCAGCCAGAUGAGCUGGUCUUCGAGGAGCUAAACACCGAGACAUUGAACGAACACCUCGACUUUCUGAUGGAUGGCCUAACGUCGAGUGUGUUUCGCAUCUGCAAUGCCUCGCGGCUGCUAGAGGAUCGCCUCAUCAAGAUUCCACUGAGCGCCACGCUCUGCGAGCAGCUGACGGCCUACAACAAAGCCCUCAAGGCGGUCCACAUGCACUGCGGCUUUCGCCAUCGCCGUAUCGAUCCCUUGCCAGCCCUGAAGCGACCCUGUGCCAUUCCCCGGAACAGCGCGGCGGAGCAGCGCAAACUGCGCUCCAUUCGAUUGCAGACAAAGCCUCUGGUUGAGGCCACCUUCUUCUAUCUGGAUCCACGCAUAACCAUCUCCUGGUGCCUGAGACGCGAAAUUCCACUAAGCUCCAUCUACUUGAACUAUGGCAUGCGAAAGAAACUCUUCUGGGCCACCCAAUGCACCACUCGGUACUUUUCCUUCUAG